AUGUCCGCAUCCACAUCGCACUCCACGUCGCAACCGCCACAACUCCACCCAUCCACAUCGGCGUCCACCAGCAAUGCGCCCAGCUCGCCCGACAAGAGCAACGAGGAUGAUGCCGACAAGCCAAAACGCACCCAGACCUGCUUCCGAUGCCGCCAGUCCAAGGUCAAGUGCGUCUUCGAGGACAACGCUUCGUGCAGAAGGUGUCUGCGCCUCGGCGUCACCUGCGAGCUCCAGGGAAAGCGCGAGCCGCUCAGCUGGCAGAUGAGGGUGCAGCAUCAGCUCGCCGCUCUCGAAGGCUCCCUACAGAGCUUUCUGGAGAAGCAGAUGGGACCGCAGCCCACUUCGUCAUCGUCGGACCCUUACAAGCGCGCCAGCUUCCCCCGAUCGAGAGACUCGCCCGCCACCACUCCAAACGCUUCCAGGUUCCACGACCACGACGCCCCGAAAAAGAGAAGGCGCACCAUUGCCACCGAACACCGCUCGCCGUCCGAUCCCCAGCAGCAGCGGCACAUCUACAGCCACGCUUCGUCGUUAAGCAUCCAUCCCGCACAGAGCCCUAUCUACGGCGACGGCAACAGUGGCUCCGCUUCCAGCUACCCCUCGACCCACUUUUCGCCGCGCGAUUCGGACCGUGCCAAUCAAAACUCUGGCGACAAUGGCCUUCUCGGUUCGGCGGUCACGCAAAACGGCCAUGCCAGCUCGCCAAGGCAUAGAUUGACGUCUGAGAAUCCCAGCGCUUCAACGCAUCUCGCCCCACCUCUUGCCUCGUCCAAUCUCGCAGCUGCCGCCAGCUCCUCGCUCGACAACGAUCACGCUUUGCCAGCAGACGAUGUGGGUGCCGACACACAGCGCUCCGCCUUCCAGACCGACGACGAGCUCGACCAGGCAUCGCGCCCGCUCUCCGCCAUCCAAAAGCUCAGGAUGAGCGUGCUCGACCGCAAAAAGGAACACUCGCAUUCCGGCGAGCGCGUCUUCCCCAACCUGUACCGCAUGGCAACGCCCGACGUCGGCAGCAACGAUCCGCGUCCCAACGUCAUCAAGCAGGAACUCGUCACGCCUUCGGACGCCGUCGUCCUUUUCCGCUUCUUUGCAGAGUAUCUGGAUCAGUACAGCUUUGGCUUUCCGACCUACCGUCCCGACGCCAUCAUGUCGCCCAUGAUCCUCACAUCCGUCGUGUGCGUAGCUUCGCUCCACCAUGCACAGCUCAACCGCCUGCAUGCGCCUCUCAAAAACGACCUCAUCUCCCGCCUUCAGACCGACGACCCGUCCUUCCCCUGCUCCGACGUCUACGAGACGCUCUUCUCAUCCACGGGCCAGCGUGCCUCGCGCCUCCAAUCCAACCUGCACUUCGAAAAGGAGCUCGAUCCCGAGCUCGGCAUCGGCGUCGAGGAGAUCGUGGGUGCCAGCCUGUUUGCCAGCUGGUUUGGCGGGCGCAGAGCCUGGAUGGCGUCGCGCCUCGCCAGGUGGUGGUCCGCCAAGUUCUUGCGCCAGCAGCAGCAUCCGGCCAUGAUGACGAUGGGCGAGAUCAUGAGCAUCCUCCCGCCGCCGCGCGACCUGGGCAAGCAGGAUCUCCUCCGCGUCUGGCUCAGCGCCUACAUCACCGAGAUCCACCAGGCGUGCAUGGAGGGCACACCAUCCAUUGCAGGUCUCUCGUCGCCCCAUGCCGUGUGCGACUCGCUCCAGUUCGCAAAGGGCCUCUCGCAGCGUACAACUCUGCGUGAUCGCGUGCUCAUCCUACACUCGAAAAUCGCUUGGAUCCUUAGCAAGGCCUACCACAUUGCCGGUCUGGGGUCCUUGGAUUCUGCACAGAGCGAGAAGCCGGCAGCGUCUAAAGAGAGUCCCUCGAGGAGCUGCCAGUCGUGUCGCGACGGUUCGACAUUUGAAGCGGGUCAGCCAACUUCGGUGACGGGCGACGCAGCGUCGUGCCUGCAAGCUAUUCUGGAUGCAUUCGAAGAGCUCGACUCGUGUCAGGAAGAGAUGGCGGGUCGCUUGGACGCCGACGCGACCGGCGAGUCGGAAAGUAUGCUGUACCUGGAUCUCUUCCUCGCGCGCGUGCUCAUUGCCUCGAUCGGAUGCGACUUUCUCGACUCGACGCUGUGGGACGGCAGUCUCGGACAGCUCUCAUCCAAGACGCGCGGCAAGGACAAGAGCUCGGCAGAAGCGGAUCUGCAGGGCCUCCGCAGUCGAACGCUGCGCGAGAGCCUCACGCGUGGCGUAGAGGGUGCGCUCCGGUCUCUCGAACUCGUCUGCCUCCCAACGCCAAGCACCACGACAGCAGGCUCGAACAGGUCGGACGAAAGAAGCUAUUCAGAGGUGUCGAUCAACAUGCUGGUGCUCCCGCUAUGGUUCCACUGGGCGCUAACGAGGUCGGUGCUCUUCCUCAUGAACGUGCUGGCCGAGUAUCCGGAACGACUGCUGCCGCGCGAUCGAACACGCAGCACUGAGCUCAUCAACCUGUUCCUCGACGUGUACGCAAAGCACAUUGGACACGCCAACAUGGUGCUGGAACACGGCACGGGGCACCGAACGCAACCGCCGAACUACGGUGGAUCCGCCUGGUCGCCUGCAGACGUCGAUAUGCACGCUCGUGGCGGCGACGCGCACGAUCUGCGCCAGUCAAACGGCGCUGCUGGAGUAGCGGAUCCCAACGCGACUGCACAGGCAUCGUGGCAACCGCAGACGUCGGCGCAGGACACGAUUCAGCACCCUGCAACACCGCUACUCGACACACUCUCGCAGUGUCUCACUUGGGCCCGCCAUGGAGGCGAGCGGUCCGAUGGAGCCGGAAUGACAGCCACAUUGUCAGCUCGCAUGGAGCGUGAGGGUGCGCAGAUGAGAAGCCUUUUGUCCCCGCUGUAUAAAGCUGUUCGGGGAUCGAAUCGCUACAACCAUCAAGAGUACCACCACCACACAUCGAGUCAGGAGAUCGUAGCCAUGUCGAUUGGAGAAGCAAACCGUCCCGUGACGCUCGCCAUCGUCGGCGCCGGCCAGCGUGGAAGCGCCUAUGCAGCCUACGCUGAAAAGUAUCCAGAUCUCUGCCGCGUCGUUGCGGUAGCCGAUCCGUGGAAGUUUCGACGAGAGAAGAUGAGCAAGGUGCACAGCGUUCCAGCCGAGAACCAGUACGACGGGUGGAAGAGCCUGGCAGCGGCGGGCAAGAUCUGCGAUGCAGUGGCCAUCUGCACCAUGGACGACACGCAUGCCGAGGUUGUGAGCGUCUUUGCGCCACUCGGUUACCACAUUCUGUGCGAAAAGCCAAUGGCGAACUCGAUCAAGGACUGCGUGACCAUGGUCAACAGCGUUCGUGGCAAAGACCUCGUCUUUGGAAUCGGCCACGUGAUGCGAUACUCUCCUUACAACCGAGCGGUGAAGGAGGUGCUCGACUCUGGCGUUCUGGGCGAGAUCAUCAAUAUCCAGCACAUUGAGCCGGUGGGCUGGCAGCACUUUGCGCACUCGUACGUGCGUGGCAACUGGAAGAACGAGGCGACGACGAGCUUUUCGCUCAUGGCCAAGUGCUGUCACGACCUCGACAUCCUGUCCUUCUACAUGGGCAGCGAUGCGCCCAAGAAGGUUUCGUCGUUCGGAUCCCUCGCGCACUUUAAGCCGAGCAAGAAGCCCAAGGAGGCCGGCGAUGCAACAAGAUGCACGGACUGCGCGUACGAACGCAAGUGCCCGUUCAGCGCCAAGAAGAUCUACCUGGAGCCGCUGCAGAGCGACCACGAGGAUCCGGAACGUUGGGCGCAACACCUGGUGGAUGUGGUGGACAUCGAGAAUGUCGGCCGAGCGAUCAAGGAAGGGCCGUACGGGCUGUGCGUGUACAACGGGCAGAACGAUGUGGCGGACAACCAGGUGGUCAACAUCGAGUUCGAGUCGGGCGCAACGGCCAACCUGACCAUGGUGGCCUUCUCCGAGGUGGUGUGCAACCGCUCUACGCGCAUCCACGGCACGCGGGGCGAGCUGAUUGGCGACAUGAACUCGUUCACCGUCUUUGACUUUUCCACACAGGAGAAGAGGACGGUGGUGCCCGAGCAGGAGGGCGGCGGUCACGGCGGAGGCGACCUGGGACUUGCACGCGCGUUUGUCAAGGCAGUGGCGGCCAAAGACGCGCAACACCUUGGUGUGACGCCGGAAGACGUGCUGAGGAGCCAUCUCAUGGUGUUUGCCUCCGAGGCGUCCAGGAAGGAGGGCCGCGUGAUCGACUACGGCGAGUACGAGAAGCAGCAGAAGGCCCUGUACAGUUAG